AUGCGGUACGUGUGUAUCCACGGUGGUAUCAAAAGGGGGGAAUCGCUUUCUUCUCGAACCCUAAAGUUUGAUUGUCCUGCAUAUUUUGAAGUACGUUACCAGCCCGAAAAGGGUUUGAUUGUAAAGAAGCACUACAUGUGGCAUAAUCACGAGACCGAUCCUCUGCUCGCAAGACAUUAUGCUAUCAACCGGAAACUCAAUCCUGAAGAGAAGGGAUUUCUCAAAAUUCUGUUAAGACAUGAUCGUCUGUCCAACCAGGAAGUUGUCGAUGAAUUUCACACGAAAUUUGACAAGGUUCUAACCUCAAGAGACGUAGCUAGAUACAAGUACAUUAUGAAGAAGAAUGGAGAUUUAUCCUGCACAGCAGCCAUAUCCGAAGUUAAAUGUGAAACAGUGCAUGAUAACCAGAGCAUCCCUCUUUCAGAGAAGCAGGAGACCUGGCGCGUCUUGACGGAAAAUGUUCGACUCAUGUUAGAAGACUUCAAUGAUGAACAGUUCAGAGGUCUUCUAAGUCAAGUUGAAGGUUUCUGUAGAGCUGUAAAGGCCGGUAAAUACGGCGAAGUCCAGCAAAGUGAGUUUGCAAUUUGCGUCGAAGAAAAUAAUUAUUAG